GCAGCAGAAGGGGGUGGGGGUUAGAUUCACUGGUUUUCUGCUUGAUUUAAACUGUCUACGUCUCUCAAAAAGCCACAGAUGUGCUGGUCUUGACAAAGAGAGGACCUCCAUCUGCUCUCCAGAAAGCUGUGCAGUAUUCUCCCCACAGCCUGAACUUUUCCCUUCAUUCCAUCCUGUUCAGGACAAACUGGUGGAUUAUCUAUUUCUUCGGAUAAAAAGCGUUUCGCAAUUUCUACCAGAGGACCCAUGUGGGUGGUGGAGAAGAUCCGCGUGUCUGUGGAGAGAUCUAACCUGCCUAUUCCAUCAGCGGAACUCAGCUUUAAAAUUAGCGACAUUAUGUUUGGAGAAAAAGCCGACAAAGCCAAAAGGAUUUCACUCUGCCCUAACGUCAUCACCCCUGACAACAUCCCGGAGUUCUGCAUCCCCCCGACCAUCCCGUCCCUGCAGGACCUGAAGAAUACUGAGCAGGGUCGAGCUGCUCGUAUCAUCAAGGUGUCUCCCUGCGAGAGGGUGAACCCUGAAAUAGAGGUGAUGCAUCAUGAGCCCCUCAACCCGCACAUCAUCCAGGUGGAGAGUGUGGACGAGAGCCCCUACGACGGUUGUAGUGAUGAGGAGACUACCAAUGCAGACCCCCAGAGCCAGGCUGCCUUGUCCCUUCCACACAUGGCCAAAGCUCAGACCUGCUACGGCUUCUGCACCUUACUGGAGAGCCCCCACACCAGGAGGAAGGAGUCGCUCUUCCACUCCGAUCCCGGCUCCUCUCCCCUGCUUUUGCCCAGGAGUCACUCCAGCAUGUGUACCAAAGCAUCCCCCUCCACCUCGCCCUCCUCCUCUCCUUCCUCUUUCAGUCUUCACACCCUGACCUCCAGGCUUUCCCCAAGGGGAUACACGCUGAACUGGCAGGCCACUCUGGACAGCGACACCACGUCCUCUACCGAAUCCUCGCCUUUCAGCUCGCCGCUGCUGACCAGGUGCCCUGCCAAGUCUUCCCUCUUCAAAGCACUGAGCCAUGAACUGCUGUUGUCAAGGAACAUGAGGAAGGCAAUGGUGUCCAGGAACAAUUCCCUGUCCACAGAUGAAGGCAGCUCCACAGACAAUAGCCCCAAUGUCAUGAGGAGGGCGUCUGAGGGCUUAGUCGAUGGCCUGCCCAGCAGCUACAGCCUGGCGCCUCCUACCAUCUUCCCUGUAGACUUGACUCUGCACAGAGAGAGGGCAAUGAAGGAGAGAAUGGUACCCAUAGGGAAAGGCGGCAGCCUGAGACUCUCAGCAGAGUACUGCCCGGAGAACCAAAGACUGCGGGUUCGACUGAUCAGUGCCGAGGGCCUCUAUCCUCUCUCUGUAGACCCCAAGAUCAUCAACUGCAGCGUUAGCCUCUGUCUGGUUCCCGGAAAAAUCCAGAAGCAGCGCAGCACAGUCAUCAGAAAGAGCCGAAACCCCAUCUUCAACGAGGAUUUCUUCUUUGACGCUAUCUCAGAGUUGGACGUCAGCCAACGCUCCCUUCGCUUUAAAGUUGUGAACAAAAUGUCCACCCUGAAGAGAGACUAUCUCCUUGGUGAUUGUGAUUUGCCUCUUUCAAGUAUUGUGACAUUAUAAAGUACUUCCUUUAUUGACUAUUUAUGUAUUGAAUUAUUUAUUUUCAUUUUUGUAUUGUACAUUUAGAUUUUAUAAAGAUUAAAGUAUU